AUGCCGAAUCUGCGACUCAAUCCCGGCGUGUGGUGCUUGUUGUUAGUCUUUGCUGCCAUGGGCCCUCAGGCCUCAGGCUUCUCUCGCUCUGGUUGUGCUGAAGAGAUUGAGAUGAAGAGGAAAAUGCGGUCGACUCUGCAAGGCAGCACUGAUUUGGAGGGGAGUUGUGGAGGUGUGCAAUGCGUUGACAGAACAGAGCAUGCCCUGACUCCAAACUUUGCGGAUUUAAAUUCUUCUGUAUCCCAUUCCAUUUGCAGUAACCUGCCCCAAGCCCUCAUGGCUGAGUCGCCAAACGAUAAACUAUUCGGCAAUGUAUAA